UCUGCCCACCUCGGCAUCCCAAAGUGCUGGGAUUGUAGGUGUGAGCCACUGCGCCUGGCCUCCUAGAUUAUUUUUCUGUCAGUUUUGCCUGAUUUAUAAAAUUUCACUUCACCUUACAUUUUUGUGUCCUUUUAUUUCGGUUUUAUCUCUUUUGAAUAUAAUGCCAUUGAAUUUAAGAGAAUUUUAAAUCUAGUCUGAUAGGUUUGCUCCUUGUAAUUUUAAAUCAAACUUUUAAUGAAGAUAAUUGUCAAUCCACUUGCAUUUCUAGGAAAUAAUACAGAGACAUUCCAUAUACUCUUUCUCUAGUUUUUUCCAUUUAAAGACCAUAGUACAGCACCACAACCAGGAUGUUGAUAUUGACACAACCAAGAUACAGACCAUUUUAUCACCACAAGGUUCCCUCCAUCUGAAGUGUUGUCAUUUUAUAGUCACACUUGUUCCUGUCUCAUCCAGUUCCCCCACUCUCUGGGUCACACUCAGCUUUUUCAUUUCUGUGAUUUUUGUCCUUUCAAAAAUUCAUAAAUAGAAUCACACAGUAUGCAAACUUGUGGGUCUGGCUUUUUCAUUCAGCAUAAUUCUGGAAAUUCAUCCAAGUUGUCAUGUUUAAACAUCUUAUCCCUUUUUAUGGCUGAAUAGUUUUCCACGAUAUGAAUUCACUAUAGUUUCUUGAGGGACAUCUGGGUUGUUUACAGUUUUUUGAUAAUUAUCAAUAAAAGUGCUAUAAAGAUUUGUGCAUAGGUUUUUUUUGGUAAACUUAUGCACCAGUCUUUUUCGGAGAUAAAAAAUGCCCAGGAGUGCAGUUGCUGGGUUGUAUGGUCGUUGUAUGUAUAGUUUUUAAAGAACUUGCUAAACUGUUUUACAGAGUGGCUGUACCAUUUUACAUCCCUACCAGCAAUGUAUGGAGUGAUCCAGUUUCUCUGCAUCCUCGCCAGCAUUUGGUGUUAUCAGUGUUUUUCAUUUUAGCCAUUCUGAAUAUGGUUUCUAGUUUUAGGGUUUCUGAACUACAAGUAUUACUAGGCUUUGCUGGACGGAAUAAAAGUGGACGCAAGCAUGACCUCCUGAUGAGGGCGUUGCAUUUAUUGAAGAGCGGCUGCAGCCCUGCGGUUCAGAUUAAAAUCCGAGAAUUGUAUAGACGCCGAUAUCCACGAACUCUUGAAGGACUUUCUGAUUUAUCCACAAUCAAAUCAUCGGUUUUCAGUUUGGAUGGUAGCUCAUCACCUGUAGAACCUGACUUGGCCGUGGCUGGAAUCCACUCGUUGCCUUCCACUUCAGUUACACCUCACUCACCAUCCUCUCCUGUUGGUUCUGUGCUGCUUCAAGAUACUAAGCCCACAUUUGAGAUGCAGCAGCCAUCUCCCCCAAUUCCUCCUGUCCAUCCUGAUGUGCAGUUAAAAAAUCUGCCCUUUUAUGAUGUCCUUGAUGUUCUCAUCAAGCCCACGAGUUUAGUUCAAAGCAGUAUUCAGCGAUUUCAAGAGAAGUUUUUUAUUUUCGCUUUGACACCUCAACAAGUUAGAGAGAUAUGCAUAUCCAGGGAUUUUUUGCCAGGUGGUAGGAGAGAUUAUACAGUCCAAGUUCAGUUGAGACUUUGCCUGGCAGAAACAAGUUGUCCUCAAGAAGAUAACUAUCCAAAUAGUCUGUGUAUAAAAGUAAAUGGGAAGCUAUUUCCUUUGCCUGGCUACGCACCACCACCUAAAAACGGGAUUGAACAGAAGCGACCUGGACGCCCCUUGAAUAUUACAUCUUUAGUUAGGUUAUCUUCAGCUGUGCCAAACCAAAUUUCCAUUUCUUGGGCAUCAGAAAUUGGGAAGAAUUACUCCAUGUCUGUAUAUCUUGUACGACAGCUUACGUCAGCCAUGUUAUUACAGAGAUUAAAAAUGAAAGGUAUUAGAAACCCUGAUCAUUCCAGAGCACUAAUAAAGGAAAAACUUACUGCGGAUCCUGAUAGUGAAAUCGCUACAACUAGCCUUCGGGUAUCCUUGAUGUGCCCCUUAGGAAAAAUGAGGCUGACAAUCCCAUGCCGUGCAGUGACUUGUACACAUCUGCAGUGUUUUGAUGCUGCCCUUUAUCUACAAAUGAAUGAGAAGAAGCCCACCUGGAUUUGUCCUGUAUGUGACAAAAAAGCUGCCUAUGAAAGUCUAAUAUUAGAUGGGCUUUUUAUGGAAAUUCUUAAUGACUGUUCUGAUGUGGAUGAGAUCAAAUUCCAAGAAGAUGGUUCUUGGUGUCCAAUGAGACCGAAGAAAGAAGCUAUGAAAGUAUCCAGCCAACCAUGUACAAAAAUAGAAAGUUCAAGCGUCCUCAGUAAACCUUGUUCAGUGACUGUAGCCAGUGAGGCAAGCAAGAAGAAAGUAGAUGUUAUUGAUCUUACAAUAGAAAGCUCUUCUGAUGAAGAGGAAGACCCUCCUGCCAAAAGGAAAUGCAUCUUUAUGUCAGAAACACAAAGCAGCCCAACCAAAGGGGUUCUCAUGUAUCAGCCAUCUUCUGUAAGGGUGCCCAGUGUGACUUCGGUUGAUCCUGCUGCUAUUCCGCCUUCAUUAACAGACUACUCAGUACCAUUCCACCACACGCCAAUAUCAAGUAUGUCAUCAGAUUUGCCAGGAGAACAAAGAAGAAAUGAUAUUAAUAAUGAACUGACGCUUGGAACAUCUUCUGAUACUGUGCAACAGUGAAUAUAAAAUAAAACAAAUAAUUUUAUUUAUGGAGUGGAAAACAGCUUGAUUAUUUCAAGGAAAAAUAUGACUGCCUUAUUAUUGCUAGUGCCAUAUUGUCAGGUGCGAAUGGUGCUCAAAAGUUGUAUCAUUAAAAUUUGAAAGUGCUAAACAUAUCCAUAUUUAGUCAUGUAGCAGUUAUGCUUUGUUAAAGUUUAUGGCUCAUGUAAGGAAAAUGUGUUGUCAUCAAUGAGGAAAGAUGUCUAAUGAGUCAGUUUAACAAUGAAGCACUUAAAAUUUUUAAAUUAAAAUUUUAUCAGUGUUAAUAGUGUUAACACUACCUGCUUUUUAGUUAAAAGUAAUUAAGCAUUUCAACCAUGAAGUUCUUAGGAGGGCAUAAAAGUAUAUCAGUGUGACACGCUGCAGUUGAAACUUACGGUGAAAUAUGAAACAGCAUUUUGCUAAACUUAUGAAACAAGGCAGUAAAAUUUAGUCACUACUGAUGAAACUUUAUUUCAUAUAAGACUUGUAAUAUUCUGCUUAAAAUGUAAAAUGCAGGAAGACUUUAAUGGUUUUGUUUUUUGUUAGAAAGAAUAGCAUCUAAAAUACUACAUCAAACUUCACUUUUAGUGCUUGAGGAAAAAAAUGGUUUCAGUAAGAGAAAUACUUGCAUUAGACAGGGUUUAUAUAGACAGCACCUGUGUAAUGCUUGGUAAACAAUCUAGAAUUCCAACCAAAAUUUUAGAAAAAUUUCUAGGUAUUUUAUUAUGAUGGGCAUAAGUCACCACAUUCAAGUCUCCAUGGAUGAGGUAUCAAAAGAUACAGAUCAAGUAAAUCUCUUAAUUCUUUUCUAAAUAGUCUUUAUAUUUACUGCCACACAUGAAAUCAUCAAAGAGAAUUACAGUACAUUGAAGAACUGGAAUUGAAAUAACGAAAACAGGAAAAGUCUUUGGUCCUUAAUGAGCAUUCUCUGGGGAUAGUUUCAAUUUUUAAUUUCAAUUAAAAUAAAUACACAGGCUUGAUAUAUAAUUUUUUAAAUGUUUUAUAUCAGGCUUGUGGAUUUUAAUUGAAAUUAUGAAAUGGAAAUAGUUGAACAUUUAGAAAAUGAGCAUUUUUGAGUGGUUUGGCUUUAGCACACAAUAUUCCAACAGCAUUGUCAAUACUUUAGCAUUAUAAAAAGGUUUCAAUUACUAUCAUGGACGAGAGAUACAACAAACAAUAAAAUGAUUGAACACACGAAACUGAAAAAGUAUAAAAAGGUAGGAGCUAUUGUAAAAAUGAAGAAAACUGAAAAACUAUGAAAAGGUGGAAGUUCUUGUAAAAAUGAAGAAAAUAUACCAUUUGAAGCAGAACAAAAUAAAUAACAUUUCCAUAAACAUAAUAGAAAUACUGAAAAUGCAAAACUCUGAAGGCAUUAUAAGGGCUAGACAAAUUUUGAAUUACCGUUUGGCAGAAGGGGAUUUACUGAACAGUAUUAUUAAUAUGAAGAAAAAGUCUGCUUAUUGAGAUAUCUUACCUAUUAUUUUAAUAGAGAAGUCAUUGGAAAAGUUUGUUGUAAUUCUUUUCAGUUUACUAUUAGCUCAAACCACUGUAUCAUAGUGACGGACUUAUGAAAUGAAAAAUUACAGCAAGCUGGGUGCAGUGGCUUAUGUUUGUAAUCCCAGCACUUUGGGAGGCUGAGGUUGGAAGAUUGCUUGAGUUCUGGAGUUCAAAACCAACCUGGGCAACAUAGCAAGACCGUGUCUCUAUAAAAAUAAUAAUAAUAAUUAACUGGGCAUGGUGGCACAUACCUGUAGUCCCUGCUUCUUGGGAGGCUGAGGUUGGAGUAUUGCUUGAGCCAGGAAGUGAAGGCUGCAGUGAGUUAUAAUCGUGCCUCUGCAAUCUCACCUCAGCAGCAGAGCAGACUCAGUGUCUCCCAAAAAAAGGAAGAAAAAAAUGUAUAGCAACAAUUUUAAAUGCUUUAGAAAUCGUUGGAAUGAUUUCUUUCAGAUGAUUGGUGCUACAGCUUGUAUCACUUGGUAAGCAUUUUUGUAGUACCCUUAUUUAGAGAUUAUAAGAGAAUAAAUAUAUUUAAAUUUUUUGAGUUAUAAAUUCAUACUGGUUAUAAAUAUUUUAAAUGUCCCCACUGAUAUUCUCCAUUUUGUAUAAAAGCAUAAUGUCAGACUUUCUCUGUGUGGUGGUUAUAUUCGGGGUGUCACUGAAUGCCAGCAUAAAAAUUCGUGGAAUUGAAUAGAAAUUGGCAUGUCUUAAUGACUUAUGGUUUCUUUUUUAAUGUUUUGAAGUAAUUGAAGGGAGUUUAGUCACACAGGGAGGUCUAGGAAUGAACUGACUUUGUAGUUUAUUACUAGACUUUUCAGACGUGGAAUUUUAAAUUAUUUAUUGUUAUUUCUUGAAUACUUGAAUACGUCAGAAUUAUAUUACUGGACAACCUUUUACACAUUCCUCUUUUCUAAAACCUAAUUGGGCAAUUACAGUUCUCUGGUUUAGAAAAUUACGUUAGCUCAGAACCCAAUAACCCUUGAUAACUUAAGCCUGUUAGCACAGCAAUUCCCAAGUGUGCGCUUUGUGCAGAGCGUUGGACUGUGUAUUGCUCUUGAUGUGGGGGCAGUGGGGACAGAGAGCUAUCAUUGAAAUAGAUGUCUGUUUAGAAGUGAUAUUUAGAUGAACAUCUGUAUUUCUGAAAAAUAAAUAUGAAGUAUCUUAAGAGCUUAAGUAUGGUUUUUUUUUUUUUUUUAAUGAUUCGAAUCUAGAUCAUUAGCUCAUCGUUUUUAUUGCUUCUCAUUCUGUUAAGUGACAAAAGGGGAAACAUUUGUUUUGACUAGUCCUUCUUUGGAAAUUUUUGGACUUUUGCCUUUGAGUCUCUGGGAGCUAGUUUUACCAGUUGUUUUAUCAGAUAAUAUAUUCAUCUUUGGGUUUUAAACACUUCAGAUAUCACUGAUCAUGGUGUAGCACUUCCCCGUGGCUGAGUGGUAAGCACUUACCACAAAUGUUUUGUGAUUUGUGAUAAGUAAAAAUGAUUUAGGGAAAUAAUUCUGGUCUCCAAAAUAUGAGGCAACUAUUAACAAAGCAUUUUUGUUUUAGGUUUGGAUUUUCUUUCCCUUAUUCCAGUUGAUCCCCAGGUAUGUAUCCUGAAUUUAAGCAACUAAUUUGUAUUUGAUUGUUGAUUAUGUCAUACUAACUAAAAAUGGCCAGUUGCAUAAAAUCAGGACAGUCAACUCUUGAAUUACUUACAUUGAUGGAAAGGAAGUACUGUGCAAAUAUUUCAUAAUUUUAUUUGGAGGAAUAAAGUUGUUUUUCAGUUCAUGAUUUUUGUCUUUAAUAUCUAAAUUUUGAAUUUAAUUUUAUUUAGCUUAAUCAGUUGGCAUCUCUUACAAACAUUUGAAUGAUUAGAAUGAAUGGAAGCAGUGCUUAGUGGCUGGAAGUUAAAAUUUUACAAAUACAGUUUUAUUUUUUAGCUAAAAUAUUCUGUACCCAGAAAAUUAAUAGCUAAAUGUGAUGAGACAGACUUGACUCAUUAACUUGAUUCUUCAUUGUUUUUAAAGACAUUCAAAUUUAGACUUUGGGGAGACCCCAGUUUCAAGUUGCUUUAUGUCAGUCAUCCCUGUUUUCUCAGUCAAAGAUGAGAAACUCUAAUAGCUCAGAGUCCCAACAUGAAGACCUUGCAGUGAGUGUGGAUUGCAUAGACAGGCUUAUAGCAGAGGCAGAGCAGAGGAGGAGAAGGCAUGAUAAAAGUGAAGGGAGAAAGUGACACAGAACAAUAGACUUGGAGAGGAGUUAAGUAUAGAAACCUACAGAGGAAGAACCACAGGUCACUGCUUCACAAGCUGCUCAGUCAGCUAAGCACAGGUCCUAUAUCAGCCUCCUGUUUCAGUACUCUGUUUCUGAUUACAUGAACAGCACUAGAAAUUUGGGCCCAUGGUAAUAUGCAGACUCAGGAAUUUCUUGUCAUUCUGAGUUGACCUCUUUAUAGCAGUAUAUAUAACAAAAGUACCUAGCAAAGGUAUCUGUAUAUCUUUCUAGGAAAUUUAUUCUUCAGACUUAAAGGAUUACUGAUUUUUAUUUGAUCAGUUCUUUUUAAAAUUAUCUUGGAACCUAGAGGUUUUUAUUUCAUAGCUCUAUUUUGUAUACUUAGUAGUGGUCUAACUUACUUGGUGAGUCAGUAGUAGAAGGGUAAGGUGGGGCCUUCAGUUUGCCGUAGAAUCCUUAGGUUUUACUACUUGACCUCCAUAUUAUUCCUUAAUUCCUGUUAUUGUAUCUACAAUAAGGGAUACAAGGUUAGAACUUAAGUGGCUGCAACCUGAGUACUAUUAAGAAUUCAAUGCAUAGAGCCUAUUGAUGGCAGGACUGUAGCAUCUAGCACUACUUUCAUAAAUGAAGAAUAUCUUUUUCUUACAAGGCAAUCAAUAACUGCCUGAGAGUUAGCAGGAAUAAAAUGUAAGCUUCUGGGGUUUGUUCUCGAUUUGCUCCCCAGUUUUAGUGGAAAGUUAGAAAUUGAUUUGAUUUUAGAAAAGAGGUUUAAUACCUGACAAUUCAACUGUCUUCAGAGCUCCUUAGAAGCUCUUUAAGAACUGCUCUUCUCUCCAUAACUAAUGUCCCUUGAUUCUGUGUGUAGCAUGGAUUUUACUGAUGAACCGAAACAGUUAUCCUUCCAAAGCAUUAAAUAACUUGUUCUUUUGAAGGGCAGCUUGAAUUUUAGUUAUUGCUGUCCCUCUGACUGGCAACUUAAACCUGGGACUGUUUUAUUCACGGGUCUUGGAAAUCAUGUAGUCUAAAUAACUUGACUUCUAAAUUCCUGUUUUGUAAUCCAGUGUCUCUAAUGAUAAGCUGCAUAAUCUAUAGAAUGAGGAAUAUGAAUCAGAUUUGCUUACUGAUCUUUCAUACAGUUGAACUAAUGACAAACUUAAAACAUCUCUUGCAAGAUAUCUCUAGGCCUCUUGUUUUGCUGAAGUGCAGUUGUUUCUCACGUAAAAUAUUCUAUACUGAUACAAUGUUUUUAGCUCAUCUCUCUUCACUCCUCUUGGACAAUAUUAGAGUAGUACACUCAGGUUUGUACUUGUUUGGGAUCAGCAGUCAGGAUUGUAAGGGGACUUGUGAAAUACGAGCACUAGGAAAGGGGUGUUGAGCAGGCAUCACAAGGAAGAUGAGAUUAAAUCUUCUUUAACAUUUAUUGUAAAACUUUGUGAUUACCUGAGAUAAUUUUCUCCUGAGCAUCCUGUGAUAGCUACUGUGUAGUCUCUGUUUUAGAGUGAAUGUUGUCAUUCUGAUGACACAUAUAUUUUAUGUUUAUAUACAAAGGAGUCCAAUGCGAUCAUUCAGCUGGUCAGCCUUAACAUUCAUAAAAGAUCUGUUUGAUAUUCAAUUCACACUAAGAAAGGCUAACAAAUACUUUUUUAAAUGGUAUUAAGCAAAAAUGCCAGUGUAAGCAAAACAAUUCUUUCAAAAUUGACACCCAACUAAAUACAGUUAGGGAGCAAAUUCUUUUUGAGAUUAAGUAUGAAUUGUUAAUUGGAGGGCCAAUAUUUAGUAUUAAAUGACUUCAGUUAUUGUUGACAUUGUUUGUACUUUUACCUUUGUAUGUGGUCAGCAAACAAGUUCCACAAGUUUAGAGAGAAUCAAGAAUAUGCUGCAUUAUCUAAAUAAUGUAAAAUAGCUAAAUUCAUGCCACCUUCCACCCAAAGAUGUGGAGUUUUGAGCAAUUUUUAAAUCCCAGUGGGAUUUAAAUAUGUGGCUAUUGCUUGUGCAUAUUUAAUAAUUUCUAGUCUCUAUUUAAAAUCAAGUAGCCUCUUCCUCAUUGACAUCAUUGUUUGUUUCAAGCAGUACUGUCCUCCUAUGUUUUUGGAUAGUCUCACCUCACCCUUAACAGCAAGCAGUACGUCUGUCACCACCACCAGCUCCCAUGAAAGCAGUACUCAUGUUAGUUCAUCCAGCAGCAGGAGUGAGACAGGGGUCAUAACCAGCAGUGGAAGUAACAUUCCUGACAUCAUCUCAUUGGACUAACGGAGGACUCACUUGAUUCUGGGAAUCACUCAUCAGAACUGCUUUUUCUUGGAUUUCUAGUCUUUGGAAACUAUUUUUUUUUUUUAACGAUUUGUUAUUUAUUGAAAGUCAAAUGGAUUCUUUUGCUUUCUGAGGUGAACACAGAAGACUGAAACAAGAACCAAAUGACAUGCAAGGAUUUUUCUUAAUCAUACUGUACUCUCAGCAUCAGAUACAUUCAGCCAUAACUGUAUCUUCCUGAGAGAUGGAUUUCACUUUCGUACAUUAAUGGAUGGAGUCUACAAAUCAGUGAAAAAAAGUUUUUGUUAUAAUAGAGCAAUAAAUUAUGUAAAUAUUCAAGUAAACUUUUUUCUAAUUAAAAAAAAAAAACAUUGUAACCACUGAUUCUAGAAUGACAGCCAAUUCUGUUUAACCUUAUAUGAAGGAAAAAAAUAUAUGGAAAGAACUUACGUUUGCUGAAUGAGUCCUUUCCACGGAGAUCUGUUCUGUUUCAUUGAAGUAAUGAAGUUUCAGUAAGUGGCUUUGGGUUCCACUUUUCUUCCUGCAGUUCCACUUUUCUUCAUGAUCCCAUCAAAGAAAAAAUGGCAUUUGUGUUAUGUGUUUUUUUCCUGGUUAUCAUUUACGCUUUGAUGUUGUUUGCUAAUUAAUGCUGUGUGAAGUUCUGGAAUUUGGCUACUCUUCAUUGGUGAUUAUGUUUAAGAGCACUAUGCAGAUUCUGCCCUGACAUAAUGUGUAUUAUUAUAUUUUUAGUAACUGUACACUCUUCAUUCUGGAGUUACAAAUUUGAGGCUUACCUUCUCAAAAAAGAAAUUCUAUACAGCCAUUGAAUGAAAUGUCUUUGAGGUACGGUAUGACUGGAAUGUUUGUUAGAAAUUUGUUAGCACUAUCAAAUAUUGAUAUCUGGAAGCCAGCAGAAGAGCAGAUUUUGGGAGGUGGUAAUAACAAAAUGUAAUUUCUUCCCAGGAACUGAAUUUGCUCAUUUAUUUCACAGAAUAGUAAUCAAAUAUUUGUUAAAACUUUGUAUUUUGGUAGCACUAACAUAGAAAAUGUGUUUUAGAUUUAUGAUCAUAUUUCUCACCAGUGUAAUUUCAGUCUCAGCAGAGAUUUUCAAACUUAGGGAAAGGGACAGCGUUAGAAUUCUUUUUCAUUUUUUUAAGAGGAAAUCUUCCCUGAAACCACAAAAGACAAAAGAGAAUUAGAAAUGUUUGAAUUAAAGUGGAGAAAGUUUGGGGAGGAUGGGCCUGAACCCACUACCUGUCUCAAUCCAUGCUACCCCAAACACUCCAAGGAACCUCUGAGGUUUUAUUUGGUGCACUUUGAAAAUUUAUCUUCUAUAGUGUGUGUGUUUGGUUUUAAAUCACACAGAAAACUGGGUUUUACUCUUAGAGAAACAUUUUCAUCUAAGUUUUACAGUUUGCAUCAUUUGACCUCCUAAAUCAUUUUUGAGUUCACAAGGAUUUAGUACUUUUCUGUUUAGCUUUCUCUCUCUAAGCUUUAUCUACCUUAAAAACAAAGUCCUUUUUUUGUUUUUAAUGGCCAGUCUAACCAAUUGAUCUCUCAAACUGAAGUGCCCAGGUGAGGACUCUUCUAUUUCAGUUAGAAUAGGGAUGUAAUACUUAAGAGUUGGUACAACUCCAAGGAGCUGACUUGUUUUUGCUUGUUGUUGUUGUGUCCUUUUUUUUUUCCAUCUUCUCAAGUUUCCAUGGCCUUUGUGUGCUCUUUUUACAUUGAUUUAAUUUCAUGUGGUUUUCCAUAUCAUCCAUUCUUUGGCUACACCGUCUCCUUAUUCAGUGGAUUAUCCCUUUGUGGGGACUGCUUAUUUUAAAGACUUGGGGGGGAAAGCCCCAAAUCUUCCAAUAGUAGUUGCACCAUUGUUGCCAGUUUUACCUUCUUAGUCAUUACAUUUCCAAGCCAUGUUGAAGUUUUUUGGUCCAGAUAUAGUAUUUCUUUCUAAUAAAAUUUUAUUUUGCUGCCCUAAAUACAGGUGCAAUUUCUGUUGACUCUGUAAUCAGAUAGAAAAUGUUUAAUGUGAUUUGUGUGGUAUAAUUUGUUAAUAAAGAAAUGAUGUAUAUUU